AUGCUACAACUAGUUGGUUUCUUGGUGAUAAUAGUAACGGUGAAUGGAGUGCCGGUUGAUAGGGAUUUGACAUCUUUACUAGACGAUUAUAAUCAGUUUGUUGAUGUGUUGCCAACGGAUCGUUUGUUUAGACUCGCAAAUGACUACUACAGUGCAGAUACAGAUUUCAUAGCCUUCUUAACAUAUUUAGAAGGACGCGAGUUUUCCGUUGUAUGGCAGGGUAUACUUGGAUUGCCUGCUGUUCAUGAUUUUACCAAGUACCUUGCAAACUCCAACGUUCCAGUAUAUGAUGUGAUAAAUAUCGUUGCAGCUUUUAUUGGACAACCUAGUUGUUUUAUCACAUCUGAUCUUACAGCAUCAAGACGAGGUGGACUUAAAGGAUUCGUCAAAGAAUUAUUUGCAGUUUUACCGGUUGUUCAAUGGAAGCAACUGUAUGCAGAGAAAAUGAAAAACAGUCCGGCUUUUAAGGAGUUUAUCAACAAACUUAGAGGAUUUGACUACGUUCAAAUAAAGGAUUUUUAUUCCAGCUCAAGGGAAUUCCGAUCGUUUGUGAAAUUGUUUCGAGAUUAUGGAAUCGAUGUUGGUAGUUGGCAAAAUGCAGUGAAAAAAAUGUUAGGAUGGGGAAACAUCUUUUAG